GCUCCCGACAGGUGUCUGGGGGAGAGGGCGGAGCCCGAGUAGGAAGGAUGAGAAGGGAGGGGCGGUGCUGCCCCUUUAAGAGGCGGCGGCCGAGCCGGGACCUUUUCUCUUUCCCCGGAAGGAAAGCGGAGCCCGCCCGGGCUGGGCUCGCAAGGUGGGGAGGUGCGGGGCUGGGCGUGGGGAGGCGGGGCGCGCGCCAGUGGGGGGCCCUCCCCGCGUCCUCCUUGCGGUCGACCCGCCCAGCUGGCCCAGAUCCGCCGCCCAGCCGGAAUCGUGCAGCACGGCCAGGGGGGCGCGGCCAGGGCGAGCUGGGGGGCCGCGUGCCAGGCGCGGGGACGGUGACCCGGCUGCGGGACUGGAGAUACGGGCCUUGGAAGAGGAUCGGAGAUCGCCGCGCUGAGCAGACGUGAACGUGACUUGGACUGGGCAAGAAACCGCCGGCCCUCGCGGCGCAGGGGCGCGGCGGGCUCGGGUCCUCCGGGGCGCGGGAGCAGGUGAACAGGUCCCCACGCCCGGCCCGUGCCCUCGUCGUCCGCCCGCCCGCCCCGGCUCCGGGCCAUGGGGCCGGGUCCCAGCCGCGCGCCCUGCGCCCCGCGCCCGGUGCUCUGCGCGCUCGCCUUGAUGGUGGCGGCCGGCAGCCGCGUCGCCUCCGCCUUCAACCUGGACACCCGAUUCCUGGUGGUGAAGGAAGCCGAGAACCCGGGCAGCCUUUUCGGCUACUCGGUCGCCCUCCACCAGCAGACAGAGCGGCAGCGGCGCUACCUGCUCCUGGCCGGUGCCCCCCGGGACCUCGCAGUGCCUGAUGGCACCACCAACCGGACCGGUGCCGUGUACCUGUGCCCUCUCUCUGCCCUCAAGGACGACUGUGAGCGGAUGGACAUCACAGAGAGAAGUGACCCUAACCAUCACAUUAUUGAGGACAUGUGGCUUGGGGUGACUGUGGCCAGCCAGGGGCCUGCAGGCAGAGUCCUGGUAAGUGGACACAGACAUUCAGCCCCGCCUCCCUCCCUCCUGCAUGUGGCCAGGAGCUGGGAGGACAGCAGAGGGCACCCAUGCAGACGUGUGUUGAGGCCUUGGCGAUGUCCCCUGUGGCGGCCAUGUGUCUCCACAGGCCUGUCUGUCCCCUGCUCCCGCAUCCCCAGGGAGAGCUGGUGCGCCUGCCAUCCUCCGACCCCCAAGUGUGGUCUGGGCCAUCACCCACUUUGUCCCCACCCCCACACGGCGCUCAGCAUUUGUGGAAAUGACAAGGAAUGGAACUUGGAGGGGGAAAGGGCAGAGAGGGCCCCAGGCCAUGGGCGCUGGCCAGGCUCCUUCCUGGGAGGCUGGCCACCGGAAGAGGCACAGCCCUGCUGGCCCGGGCUCACCCGGCUCUGCUCUGGGGCCACUCCCUGCUGCCAGUGGUCACCUCCUGCCUACAUCCUUCAGUACACUGCUGUGAGCUCCAGGUUUGCCUCAGGAAAUGCCUACAUGAUUCAGCGGAAGGACUGGGAUUUAUCAGAGUACAGUUACAAGGAACCGGAGAGUGAAGGAAACCUCUAUAUUGGGUACUCGGUGCAGGUGGGCAGAGCUGUCCUGCAGACCUCAGACAUCACUGUUGUGACGGGUGCCCCGCGGCACCAACACAGGGGCGCCGUCUUCCUCCUGAGCCAGGAGGCAGGCGGGGACCUUCGGAAGAGACAGGUGCUGGAGGGCACGCAGGUGGGCGCUUAUUUUGGCAGUGCCGUUGCCCUGGCAGACCUGAACAACGAUGGGUGGCAGGACCUUCUGGUGGGCGCUCCCUACUACUUUGAGCGGAAAGAGGAGGUAGGGGGUGCCAUCUAUGUCUUCAUGAACCAGGCGGGCACCUCCUUCCCUGCCGAACCCUCCCUCCUUCUCCAUGGCCCCAGUCACUCUGGCUUCGGCUUUUCCGUGGCCAGCAUCAGUGACAUCAACCAGGACGGAUUCCAGGACAUUGCUGUGGGUGCCCCGUUCGAGGGCUUGGGCACAGUGUACAUCUACCACAGCAGCUCCAGCGGGCUCCUCAGACGGCCCCAGCAGGUAAUCCAUGGCGAGAAGCUGGGACUGCCUGGCUUGGCCACCUUCGGCUACUCUCUGAGUGGGCAGAUGGAUGUGGAUGACAACCUCUACCCAGACCUGCUCGUGGGGAGCCUGUCAGACCACAUCGUGCUGCUGCGGGCGCGGCCGGUCAUCAACAUCCUCCACAAGACCCUGGUGGCUAGGCCAGCCAUCCUGGACCCCACGCUUUGCACAGCCACUUCCUGUGUGCAGGUAGAGCUGUGCUUCGCUUACAACCAGAGUGCGGGGAACCCCAACUACAGGCGCAACAUCACCCUGGCCUACACCCUGGAGGCCGACCGGGACCGCCGCCCACCCCGGCUCCGAUUUGCCCGCAGCCAGUCGGCCGUAUUCCACGGCUUCUUCUCCAUGCCCGAGACGCGCUGCCAGACGCUGGAGCUGCUCCUGAUGGAUAACCUUCGUGACAAGCUCCGGCCCAUUAUCAUCUCCAUGAACUACUCAUUACCUCUGCGGAUGCCCGAGCGCCCCCGGCUGGGGCUGCGGUCCCUGGAUGCCUACCCAGUCCUCAACCAGGCGCAGGCUCUGGAGAACCACACGGAGGUCCAGUUCCAGAAGGAGUGCGGGCCUGACAACAAGUGCGACAGCAACUUGGAGAUGCGAGCAGCCUUCGUGUCAGAGCAGCUGCAGCGGCUGAGCAGGCUCCAGUACAGCAGAGAUGUCCGCAAAUUGCUCCUGAGUAUCAACGUGACCAACGCCCCUAGCCAGAAACGGGCUGGGGAAGAUGCCCAUGAGGCGCUGCUCACGCUGGAGGUCCCAUCCGCCCUGCUGCUGUCCUCUGUGCGCCCUCCUGGGGCCUGCCAAGCCAAUGAGACCAUCCUCUGUGAGCUGGGGAACCCCUUCAAGCGAAACCAGAGGAUGGAACUGCUCAUCGCCUUUGAGGUUAGUGGGGUGACAUUGCACACGAGGGACCUUGAAGUGCAGCUGCAGCUGUCUACGUCCAGUCACCAGGACAAUCUGCAGCCCCUGACCCUGACUCUGCUGGUGGACUACACGCUACAGGCCUCGCUCAGCAUGGUGAAUCACAGGCUGCAAAGCUUCUUUGGGGGAACCGUGAUGGGUGAGUCGGGCAUGAAAACUGUGGAGGAUGUGGGAAGCCCCCUCAAAUAUGAAUUCCAGGUGAGCCCUGUAGGGGAGGGGCUGGCGGCCCUGGGGACCCUAGUCCUAGGUCUGGAGUGGCCCUAUGAAGUCGCUAAUGGCAAAUGGCUGCUGUACCCCACGGAGAUCACCAUUCAUGGCAAUGGGUCCUGGCCCUGCGAGCCUCCUGGAGACCUGGUCAACCCUCUCAACCUCACUCUCUCUGAUCCCAAGAACAGGCCGCAGCGCAGGCGGAGAGAGCUGGACCCUGGGGGAGAGCAGGGCCCCCCACCCAUCACUCUGGCUGCUGCCAAGAAAGCCAAGUCUGAGACUGCGCUGAGCUGUGCCACUGGCCGCGCCCACUGUGUGUGGCUGGAGUGUCCCCUCCCAGAUGCCACUUACACCACCAACGUGACUGUGAAGGCUCGAGUGUGGAACAGCACAUUCAUCGAGGACUACAGAGACUUUGACCGAGUCAGGGUAGACGGCUGGGCCACUCUCUUCCUGCGAACCAGCGUCCCCUCGCUCAACAUGGAGAACAAGACCACACUGUUCUCUGUGGACAUCGACUCAGAGCUGGUGGAGGAGCUGCCAGCCGAGAUCGAACUGUGGCUGGUGCUGGUGUCCGUGGGGGCGGGACUGCUGCUGCUGGGGCUGAUCAUCCUCGUGCUGUGGAAGUGUGACUUCUUUAGGCGGACCCACUACUACCGGAUCAUGCCCAAGUACCACGCGGUGCGCAUCCCAGAGGAAGAGCGCUACCCACCUCCAGGGCGCACAGCGCCCACCAAGAAGCACUGGGUCACCAGCUGGCAGACCCGAGACCGAUACUACUGACGUCCCCGUGAUCCCAAGCUGUCUCCCCAGCCCCCUUCUUCCUAUUUAUCCUUAAGUUAUGCCUCUGACAGCCCACAGGGGCACUGCUGCUGGCCAUCUCCCUGCAGGACUUGCCGAGAGUGAACCCACCGUCUCCCAAGUCUGGAUGCCUGGGGGCCUCACUACUCCUGGCUUCUGCUUGUGCGCUGUGGAUGGUGCCAGCCUCUGCCCGUGCCAAACCAAGGGCCUCUGCCAAAGCAGGAGGAAAGGCCCCGUGUGGUGACUCGCGCCCUUUCACACUGGGUCCACCCUGAGCCAUAACCACUGGACCAACUUUGCUGCCAAGAGUAGACUACUGACAGGGAGCACGGCUCCCCGGAUCCGAGGUGCAGCUGGGGUCAGGCCAACAACUGCCCAGGGGACAUUCACUGGACCUGCCUGCUCACAGAGACAGCAGAUAAGCUGGGAAGCAGGUCACAGAAAAGCUUUCUUCAUGACUCUGUGACGCUUUUCUCCUGGGCCAUGGACCAAACUAUCAGGGAACACAGCCCAAAGGGACAGAGAGACCAUACGACGGCGGAGUUGGGCUGCUCUGGACUGCCCUCGGGCACAUUGGAGCCUCUGCAGGGUAGGGGACCAGCCCUGGGCCACACAGGCACUGCAGGAUGAAGAAAUACCAGUUCCUACCCACCCCUUCCACCCCAGCCUCAGAAGUGCCUGGAGAGACCCCACAAGAUGUCAGAGGGAGUGACACUUGAAUGUAGGACAGGAACAGAUUCCUGUCCCCAGCCCAGCUGGCCAGGCCCCACUCUGUCCCCACGACCAUGGAAUGGGGCCUAGAGAUGAUGUUCUUGGCUGUCAUUGGCUUUCAGAGUCACCCUGACUGCCCCUCCCCCAUAGGCAGCAUCUGAGGCCCAUAGCAGUUGAGGCUGGUCCCCAGUACCUCCUCUGGCUGCCCUUCCCCCCACGGUACUGUAGCAGGGGGCUCCCAGCCCCUACCCCCGUGCCUUCUUUGUAUACAGGCUUCUCACAGCAACCAAUAAACAGUUCCCAGUUUGUACACCUGC